AUACAUUUCUAAGUGAGAGAUAGAUAAGAUAUUAAAAAUAAUAGAUACAUUACACUAUAUUUAUUUAAAAAUAAAUAAAAUAGUGCAUUAGUGAUGAUCAAUUUUCUAAGUAAUUUAAUAAUGCCGGCUUUUAAUGUUGGUGUUAACUACUUUGUCAAACUUACGGAUUUGCUAUAAUAUCAAUUUUCUAUAUAUGGUGCAAGUUAGCAAAUUGUUAUUUUAACAAAUAAGGUGCAUUCUUUUACAUACGAGACAUUUUCAUGAUUACGUGCUAUUUCUAGACAGUCGAUUGGUCGUAUGUGUUUAUUAUUUUGAUUCCUUUAAUGCGUAUCCAUCUAAAAGUUAAAUAGAAGACGCUGUUUGAUAGUACACGUAACAUAACCAAUAAAUCAAGAGAAUGAAAAUAUUUCAAAGAAAAAAAAAUUGAAUACAUUUUUUUGUUAUCAGAUAAUUAAGAUUAAAAGAUAAGUCUAAAUACUUACAAUAACACAGAUUUAUCUUACGAAUUGUAUUGAUAAUUUAUUCAAUGGGAAGUUUAUUCAAAUAUUUUCUUGAGAGUAAAUAUAUGCUGAGGAGAAAAAUAAUAUAUAAACAUCCAAUUCCGGUGAUUUAAAAGUUAUCAUCGAUGAAUAUCAAAAGCAAGUUAUAGCAGAAAUUUGAAUGAAUAGAAAAUUGUAAGAUUUUUUGAAAAAAUCGAACAUUUAAAAAAAAAAGUUUAAAUGUCAUAGAGACAGUCACGUCAUUUUAAUAUCAAAACAUUCUAAUGAAGAUGGUAUUUUUUACUUAAUGAAUUUGAGCAGACAUAAAGUCAAUGAAAAAAUGCCACAUCCGUGUGUUGUCUGUGGACGUUCUCGUAUGAAUCCAAAUAAUAAAGAAGAAGAAUAUGUAUUUUUUGGAUUUCCUGUUAACGAUGAGGAACGAUGCAGAAAAUGGUUAGAAUUUUGUUGUCGUGAAGAUUUAUAUAAGCUUACAAAGAAACAACUUUUACAAAGAAUGGUAUGUUCUAAGCACUUUGAACAGAAAGAUUUUUUAAAUGAGUACUACGAUAAAUUAAAUACUACAGCAGUACCAUCUAUCUAUGAUCCAUUACAAAGUUUGUAUAACAUUACAUGUGUAUUGUGUAGACGAUUUCGUCGUGAUCCACCUGAUAUAAAUUAUGACGGUGUUACUUUUCAUCAUUUUCCAGGAGAAGAAUUUCGAUGCUUGAAAUGGCUCGAUUUUGUUGGCGUUGAUUCUUAUUACAGAUUAACGAGAAAAGAAAUAUUGUUUUGUUAUAUAUGUUCUAAACAUUUUGAUCGUUCACAAUUUAUGCAAGGUUAUAAAAGUAGAUUAGUGGACAAUGCCGUUCCUAAUAUUCGCAAUCCUGAUGACUUAGAUUCAGCAGAAGAAUAUAUUCUGGAAAUGGAUACAGAAACAAAAGUGUACAAUUCGAUAGAAAAGAUUAAGAAAUUAGAACCACUUCCAUUAGCUGUUCUAGAGAGCCAAGCUUGUGCCGCAUGCGGUAGAUCUAGAUCCGAUCCAAGAAAUAAAACUGAAAGAUAUAAGUUUCAUCCAUUUCCGGCUUAUGAAAUAGGAAGAUGUCUAAGAUGGUGCCAAUUUUUGGGUAGAGAGGAUUUAUUGAAAAUGUCUCCCAAUCAAAUACGAAAAUUAGUAUUAUGUUCUAAACAUUUUCAAACGGGUCAAAAUUUUCAUAAGGUUGGUCCUUGCGAUGCAGUUCCAACUAUAAGGGAUGUUUCUUUAACACAUUCUGUUAAUUCUAAUGACAAUCUACAAGAGGAAGAAAUGACAGAGGAAACAAAUGAGAAUUCUGGUUAUAUUGCAACUACUAAAAGAUUAAAAAAAUCAGGAUCUUUGACGCCUUUAGUAUCUAGUAAAAAACCAAAGGUAGAUAAUAAGCCAACACCGUUAGCAAAAAAACGUGGCAAGUGUAGAAGACCAACAGUAAUUAACAUUCCAAAGCCUGAUCCCAACAACUUAGAAAAUCUAAUGGUCAAGAAACUACCUUUGCCUCCUACUUCAAAUUGGAGAUUUCAAUAUACAGAUCAAUAUCAACCAAUAACAAUAACAAACAAUAUUACAUCUAAUAUCACUAAUACUAUUCCUAAUAAUAUAAAAAAAGUUAUUUUACCUUUUACCGGUGACUUAUCUAGUUUGGGUAAUCCAAUACCAGUGCAUAGUUUGUCAAGCAUUCCUCCUGGUUUCUUAAUCAAAAUCGAUCUUCCAGAGCAGGAGAAACAAAAGCCUAUGAAAACAAGUAAAAAGCAGAGUAAAAAUAAUUUACAAACAAAAUUGAAAAAUGGACAAGUCAUUACUACUGUACCAAUAAUUAAAGAAGAACCAACUUCAGAUAAAAAUCUUAUCGAAUUGUUAUCUGAUUCUCCAGAACCUAUGGUAGGUACAUAUAAGACAUUAGAAUUAGAUGAACAAGAUGAAGAUCAAGAACAAGAUCAACAGUUAGAUCAAGACGAUCAAGACGAUCAAGAUGAUCAAGAUGAUCAAGAUGAUCAAGAUCAUAGGGAUGAAGAAAUUAUGCUACCGCAUGGUUUUGAAGUAUUAGAAGAUGAUCCGGAUGCUAUCAAUAUUAAAGAAGAUGACUUUUUUGAAAAUUUUGAAGAGGUGGAAACAUUACCUGUCAAACCUCAGAAGAGAAUUCGCAAUCGAAAUAGAAGAUUAACUAUGAGAAGAACUAUUUUUCCUAUACAAAGUGAAGUUAAUUAUUUUCUUCGUAAAGUUGCUCCUCACAUACAUAAACUUCCUACAAAAGCGAGAGCACAGAUUAAACUUUCUAUUGUUAAUAUGGUGAUCGAUCACUUAUAAGCUUUAUAAUUCAUAAUAAUAUUUUUUAAAGAAAAUGAUAUAUUGUACAUGAUAUAUAUAUAUACAAAAUGUAAGACCUUUUUCGUAUAACAAGACAAUGAUUAAGUUUAUAAUU